AUACUCUUCUUCGUAUCUUAGAUUCGGUAACAAGCAAUUGUCUUGAUGAGUAGCUGUUCGAUUGUAUGUUUGCGAGUUGUUCACUGUAUUACUGAUUGUCCGCUCAUUAGACAUGUCCGCUAUGUUAGCUCACCCCUUCCCAGGAUUUUUUGAUGCUUCUAAACCAGAUCCACGUCCGACUGAGACGAAGUUGAAGGAUGAGUAUUUGACUUGUGAAGUGUGCAAACACACCUUCGAUUUCAGUAAAUAUGCUCCUCACCAGCUUCCUUGUGGAGACACUGCCUGCCUCGACUGCCUCAGACAGUUUGCUGGUAGGAAAGGCAGGGCGGAGGAGAUGCACUGUCCGGUAUGUGACCGUCUGACAGUUGUGCCGGGGGGUCACGUGUGUUGCUUCACACCUAAUGCUGGUACUCUCAAGAUACUGGAGGUUUUCAAGCUGGUGGAAGCAUACAAAAAGGACUUUGUGCCGUGCAUAGGAUGUGACGAGAAGGGGGAAGCUCGCUGUUUGGAGUGUCAGGAAAAUUACUGUGACGAGCACGCUAAUUUCCACUCGAUAGUGGCUGCAACUAAGCAUCACACUGUUGUAAAGUUCAUGGAUAUACUAGCGGAACCUCAGAAGAUUCUCCGCGCAAAUGGAGCUCAGUUUUGUAGUAAGCACCACAACUCUGCUCUGGAGGCAGUGUGUACCACGUGCAAUGCUCUGUGCUGUCUCGUCUGCGCUAUCACCGAUCACAAGGGACACAGUGUCAAGGAAAUUGGAGACACUAUGAACAAUAUCCACGAAAAGAUGAGGCCAAUAAUGAAAAAAGUGGAACAAAAUACUUACAACAUUAAACAAAACUUGAAAAUAGGAGAGGACGUGGAUAAAGAAAUGAACAUCAUGUUCCAGAGAUGCAAGAGAAAUCUGAACAUCUCCUUUAUGGGAGUUGUGAGGGGCUCGAGGGACCGACAGAACGAACUGUUCGCCGACGUGGACAAGGUGCUGAAUGAGAAUGUUAAACUUCUAGAGCAACAGGUUCACGACAUUGAGGAUGAGAUAAACUUUACAAUAAGGGGUUCCGAUAUGAUAACAGAUAUAUUCGAGGAAUACUCCCCAGCCCAGAUGGCCGGUAUUGGUGGUCUGGUUCAAAAACUGAUAGACGAAAUUCAAACGAUUCCAGAAGAUUUGCCGAUCGAACCAUUAACUACUAAGCGUGUCACGUUCGAGUCAAAAGCAGAGAAACAAUUUUAUGCAGCUGGAAAAAACUUCGGCAAUCUGAAGAUUUCAGAAAUCAAGAUGUCACUGAUGCCAAAGGAUCCGAAAGAAAUCGAUUUUGAAUCAGAUGAGGAGGAGGACCUGCUCCCUAUUGACAACUCUGAGCUCACAAAGAUAGUCAAGGAACAAAUGGCUGCCGUUGCCACGUAGGCCACGCUGGUGGAAUCAGUUCUCUGAUAGUUACUCUUCUCCGGCUGCACUUCUGGCCAAAUUAAAGAUGAAGGCCUUAGUUUAUUAAGCGGGACUUAAGAGACAAAACUAUAGCUGACUCCUGGAAAAUUGGAUUGUUAUUUUGAGCUAUGCGGCAUUUUCAAUAUGAAAUUUAUAGAGAAAAUUAUUUCACCACCUUAUAUCAUUUCAGAUGAGUAAAUUUAUAAAUGCAUAGCACAGUUUUCUCGACAGUUAUUUCUGAGUUUUUGGUCUAUAAUCCAACCAUCGCUUCACUCCUGGUUCUUCUAUUACUCCUCUGUAUUGAGCUGCUAGUUUUGGAAAGUUCGAGAGUAAGUCAGCUCUGCCGUAUUCAGGGUUCUGUUUGAGUUCUAAAAAACUCAUUAUCACUAUAUCACCCCAUGUCAUCUGUAAAUAAUAUGAUUUAAUUUAUCGUCGAUACUUUCAAGUUUUAGUAAAAA